CCGGUGUAUAACAGAAUUCCAACGGGAGCGAUCAAACCAGCUGGAUGGGCCUUGGAUCAAGGUAAUGUCCAGGCGGAGGGUCUCGCCGGACAUCUGAUGGACUUCGACAGCUACGUCAACGGUUCAAUUUGGGUAGAGGGAGGCUCCAUUGAGUACAGUGCGAUGCACGAAUCAGCCCCGUAUUGGUUCAACGGCAUGGUGGCGCUGGCUUUUCAACUUGAAGAUAAACGCCUCUUGGGUCAAGUCCGUGCAUUCUUGGAUUGGACUCUAGACCAUCAAGGCGAUGAUGGUUGGAUUGGUCCCGAAGCCCUCGACGGGUCAUCGGAUGAUGUUCCCCGUCUGACAUGGCCCCGUUAUCUUGUUUUAAUGGGACUCGUUCAAUAUGCCGAAGCGGACCCUUCCCAAACCGAACGGAUCGUAGACGCCAUGCACAAAUUUAUCACACUUGUUCAUAGUACCUGGGCGUCCGGCUCGGAAGGCGAUCCUGAAGACGGCUUCCAGUUUGAGUAUCAAUAUGUGAGAUGGGAAGAAUUGGUCUACUCCUUACAAUGGUUAUAUGAUAACUAUCCCAACGGUCGGGAAGAUAUCUUAAUCGAGACGAUGCAACUCGUCAGAGACUCGGGAUUUUCCUGGAAAGACGACUGGUAUACGGAGGCCAGUUUCGCAAAGGAAGCAGUGACAUCCUUCUUUUCAUACACUAACCCAGUCUCACGGAGAACUCAUCAAAAAAACUCACCCUGCAGGCAUGGUGUGAACAACGCAGAAGCCCUCAAGUCUGAGGCGUUGGCGUAUCGGUUUACGGGUGAUCCGACAGACGUUCAGAGCACUUUUGACCGGCUCGAUAUGAUUUAUCAGUACCACGGGCGCGCCUCUGGUACCUUUUCAGCCGACGAGCAUCUCGCUGGUCUGGGUCCUUCUCGUGGAACUGAGCUGUGCACCGUAGUGGAACAAAUCUUCUCGCUUGCGACGAUCUACCAAAUAUUUGGCAACAAUUCUUUGGCCGACCGCGCGGAGAGAAUAGCUUAUAAUGCAUUACCCGCCGGAAUAAUGCAUGAUUGGUGGUUCAAUCAAAUUUGGGCCCAGGAAAUGGACCCAUCGCCAUGGGGUAAUAAUGGUCCUAGGUCAAACAUCUUCGGGUUCGAGCCGAAUUACCCAUGUUGUACCGCCAAUCAUCCGCAAGGGUACCCAAAAUUCUGGGCUCAUGCUUUCAUGACCGAUCCAGCGGAUGACGGACUGCUUCAUGUUUUUCUGGGACCGUAUACGUAUUCCGGAAUCAUUGGCGCGUCCAACCAAGUUGAUGUUGUGGUUGAUACCAUUUAUCCGUUCAAUAACACACUCAAGUACCAAAUCGCGGCGAGCGAAUCACUGGUUUUCAAGAUCCGUAUACCAGAUUGGGCCACGAAAGAAAGUGUGAUAUCGGUGAACGGGGAGGAGGCGACGACCCUGACGCCUGACGAUGCGAAUUUCCAGGUCGUUGAGCUUUCGGAAGGGUCAUCGACGAUAGUGCUUUCCCUUCACGCUGUCCUUGAUAUCGAAAAACGGUUCAAUGAUGCCGUCGCCAUCAACUACGGGGCGCUUAACUAUGCAAUAGAACUAUCUUACAACGAUACGGUUACUGAGGGAUUACGGUACGGUUCUUACGAUAAUCACACCAAGGACCACACGCUGCUGCCUACCACAGAAUGGCGUCUCGCUAUUGAUCCUUCUACUAUUGAGAUCGUCGAUCGUUCUUCCGAGGUGUCUAACUUACCGUUCUACGUCUGGGCUCCCGGUUCUCAGCCUAUCACCAUGAUUGCGACUGCAUGCCAGAUCGACUGGGAAAUUUCUAGUGGAACAGCCGCCUCCCCCCCUCAAAGUCCAAACGCUUGUACCAGCGAUACCUUCGAAGUCAAGCUUGUCCCAUUUGGGGCUGCGAAGCUCCGCCUGGGGGAGAUUCCGACGAUGAUCAUAGCCUGA